GGUCGGUCAGUCGGUCCGUCCGUCGGUCCUGCCGCUCGCCCCCCACGCCCGGCCCGGCCCGGCCGCCAUGGCCCCCGACCCCGCAGUCGAGGUGAGUUGGGAGAGCUGAACACUGGAGCCAUGGCAACGUGGUGACCGGGGCCAGCCCGUCCGGACAGCGGGCACAAUGUCCGAGGCAGCAGCCGAGUCGUCACAGCCGCCUCCGCCGCAGGGGGAUGCGCGGCCAGGAGACAGUGACCCCGAGCCGGCGGGGGGCGGACCAGACCUGCUGCAGCGGCUGCGACAGUUGGAGGCGGAGAACUCUGCCCUGGCCCAGGCCAACGAGAACCAGCGUGAGACUUACGAACGCUGUCUGGACGAGGUUGCCAACCAUGUGGUGCAGGCCCUUCUGAACCAGAAGGACCUGCGGGAAGAGUGCGUCAAGCUGAAGAAACGGGUGUUUGAUUUGGAGCGGCAGAACCAGGCUCUGAGCGACCUCUUUCACCACAAACUGCAGCUUGGCCCCGGCCCCCCUCCGCAGCUCCCGCUCCAGCUGCCGGCGGAUCCGGUCUCCACCCCACCCCUGAAGGCCGUGGACGGCCUGGGCCCCUCGUCGCCCCUGACUCUUCCCGCUGGGCAGAAAGAGACGCCCCCGGAGCAGCCGGCACCCCCGGCAGGCCCGCUGGACGCGCUGUCGCCCUUCCUGAAGAAGAAGGCCCAGAUCCUGGAGGAGCUGCGCAAGCUGGAGGAGGCAGACCCCUUGCUGGCAGACCCUCUGCUGGGCCGCCCCCCACCCAGCCCGUGGGGCGAUGCCCAGCGCUGGCCCGGGGACCUCCACCCCAGCCCCCCCGACCGUCCGCCCAAGGGCCCGGCCCUGGGAGGGGGCCAGAGGUGGAGGGCAGGCGAGAGCGCCCGCUCUCCGGAGCCGGGCCCCGCCCCGCUGCCCGCGCCCGAGCCCUGGGCCGCCUGCCUCCUCCUGGCCCAGAGCGGCCUGGGGGACCUGCUGCGGUGGACGGGCAGCGCCGCGGGCCGGGCUCGGCCGGUCCUGUCGCCGGACGGGGACGAAGGGGAGGGGGAGGAGGACGAGGAAGAGGAGGAGGAGGAGGAGGAGGAAGGAGGAAAGCCCCCGCCCCGGCCCAGCCCUCCGCAGCAGCCGGCCAGCAGCAGCUCCUCCUCUUCUUCCUCCUCUUCCUCUUCCACCUCGUCCUCGUCCCCGGCCUCCUCCUCUCCGUCCACGUCGGCGGACGAGGCGGCCGAGCCCGGCGAGGCCCCGACGCCGGCCGGCCUGCUGGGGGCUCUGGCUGAGCGGAAGCUGCGCCUGGGGCAGCUGCUGGAGGACACCGAGUCCUACCUCCACACUUUCCUGGGCGACGGCGGCGGGCCGGCGGCCCGGCCCCUCCCCGCGGACCCCGCCCUCACCUACCUCCUGGCCCGGUCCCCCACACCCGGCCCCGAGGAAAGGGCCCCGGCACCCAGGGUCAAGGCGGACCGGGGCCCCGGCCCCCUCGAGCCCCCGUACCAUCCCGCCGGGAACCCCGGCCGGGCAGGCGGGGACGCGGAGCCCCCCGGGACCCCCGGGGGCCCCCGCCCCACCCAGCCCGGCCCUCCUUCAUCUCAGGUGAAAAGCAAACUCAAAACGAGCCCCCCGUCCCCGGGCGACGGCCGGCCGCCCCUGCUCCCCUCUCCCUCCAAGGCCCUCAAGUUCCUGAAGCUGCCGACCCCGGGCCUGGAGCACGUGCUCCCGGGCCCCCUGCCCGGCCCGCCUCCGGCCCCCUGCCCGACGCCCGCUCCGGCCCCGCGCCUCAGCCCCCAGCUGCCCCGCAGCUCCAAGAUCCCCUGCCGGAACGGCAGCUCCGAGCUCUUCCACUCGCCGCUCCUCGGCCGCAGGGGCCUGGACGUCGACCUUUCCCCCGAGGGGACCGGCCCCGCCCCGCCCCCAGCCCCCAGGCUGGCCCGGACCCCCGCCCUCUCCCCGGACCCCCGCAGCCGGCCCGGCCCGGCCCCCUACGAGAACGUCCCGGCCCUGUCCCCGGGCCCCUUCCCCGGUCCCCCGGCCCGGGCCACGCCCGUCUCCCCGUGCAGCGCACCCCCGACCCACGAGGGGCCCGAGCCGGUCCCGCCGCCCGGCCCCCGCCCGCCGGGCCCCUGCCCUUCCCCCUGCGGCGGCCCCGAGGGCCCGGGCGACGAGCAGGCCGGGCCGGGCUCCCCCCAGCGCGGCGGCCGUGACCCCGCGCCCCACUCCCUACCCAAGAAGCCGGGGAACGGCACCGGGAGACGCGGCCAGGAACCGGCCCACCUGCCCUUCCGCGAGCGGCUGACGGCGCUGGGCAGGCAGAAAGCCGGGCCGGAGCCCGCGCCGGCCUGCGCCCCCGCCCCGGACAAGCCCGGCGGGGACAGGGCCCGGGCCCCCGGGAGGCCGAGCCCCGGGGACGCCCCCUCCACGUCCCCCCGGGCGGCGUCCCUGGGCAACGGCGGCCUCAAGGUCCAGGAGCCCGGACCCCCGCCCGGCGGCUACUCCUCCCUCACCGCGGACGGCCCCCGGCCGGAGCCGGACCCGACCCCGGCCCGGGGCUGCCCGACCAGAGCGGAGCCGGCCAAGACCCGGCCCACGGGGGCGCCCUGCCCCCCGCCCCCCCGGACCCCCAGCAAGCUCCCGCCGCCGGUCCCCGGGCCCGGCCGAGCCAGCAGGAGCCCCCACGGGAGCCCCACCAAGCUGCCUUCCAAGUCCCCCACCAAGGCGGGGCCCGGCCCGGCGCCCCCGCCCAGGCCGGACGAGACGAAGACCAAGGGGCCCCCGGGGGGGGGACGCAGGGGUGCCCCCUGCCCGGACUGGCCACCCCAGCCCCCGGGCCCGGCCUUGCACUCGGCCAUCGAGGAGAAGGUGAUGAAGGCCAUCGAGGAGAACGUGCUGAGGGGCCGGGGCCGCCCGCCGGCGCCCGAGCCCAAGCCCAAGAACUCCAGCAGCCUGGCCAGCUGGUUCGGCCUCAAAAAGAGCAAGCUCCCGGCGCUGAGCCGGCGGGCGGAGCCCGGUAAGGGCAAGGACGAGCGGCGGGAGGCCGGCGCGGGCCCCGGCGCGGGCGCCGGCUCCCCGCUCAGCAAGGAGGUCAAGCUGGCCGCCCGCAACCUGGAGGCCGAGAGCCUCAACAUCUCCAAGCUCAUGGAGAAGGCGGAGGACCUGCGCCGGGCGCUGGAGGAGGAGAAAGCCUACCUGAGCGGGCACGCGCUGGACAAGCCCCGUCCGGCCCGCUCCCGCGCCCACGCCCACGACGUCCUGCUGGAGCAGACCCAGCACCAGCUGACCGUCAUGUACCAGGAGGUGGCCGCCGACGCCUUCAUGCAGCAGCUGCUCAACAGGGUGGACGGGAAGGAACCGCCUUCCGAGAACUGGCGGGAGCCCAAAGUGGACAUCCCCGACGCCAAGACCCCCUGGUCCCCCCGCGGCCCCCGCAACGGCCUGAUCGGCCCCCCGCGAGCCUGCGAGGAGCCACCCGGCGAGCCGGGCCUGGAGGUGGGGAGCCGAGAGGACGUCCCGUCCGACGAGAGCCUGGCCGACUCGGUGCCCUGCCAGCAUUUCACAGCCUGCGACUCCCUGACGCGCACGCUGGACAGCGGCAUCGGGACCUUCCCGCCCCCGGACUACUGCGCCGGGAACCCCGGCAAGAACGCGCCCCGCCUGAAGCCGCGGCCGGAGCCGCCCCCGGGCCCCGGCCCGGUCCCGGUCCCGGCCCCCACCGGCGCCCGCCCCGCACCCCUGACCAAGGUCCCGCGCCGCGCCCGCACGCUGGAGCGUGAGGGCGGCCCCGCCGUGGAGGAGCUGCUGGCGGCCGGCCGGGGCCGCAGCGUGCCCGCCUUCCACGCCCUCCUCGCCCAGCCCGAGCCCACCCUCCGGACCCGCGCCCACAAGGCGGGCGCCGACGAACCGUGUGGGGGUCCGGGGCGUCAGCGGCAGGCCCAGCCCUCCAAGAACUGGACCUUCCCCAAUGCGCGCGCGGCCGUGAGUGCCGCGGACCCCUUCCUGUGCCCGCAGCACCCGCUGGAAGCCCUGCACGACGCCCCCCCGGCCUCGGCGGCGGAGAGGAGCCGGCUGUCGGAGUCGGGCCGCCUGCUGCCGCCGUCCCCGAGCUCGGGGGGCUCGGGGUUGGGACGGGGCGGGACCCCCGGGGUCUCGGCCGCGGGCUCGGACGGGCCUGGCCGGGAGGAGGAGGGGGUGGCGGGGGCGGCGGGGGCGCGGAGCCAGGCCGGGCUGGACCACUCGGAGUCCCUCAGCGACUCCCUCUACGACAGCCUGUCCUCCUGCGGGAGCCAGGGGUGA